AUGGCCACCUACAAAGUCAAGGUGGCCACGGGUGAUGACCCCUUGUCAGGGACACUGGAUUCCAUCUCGCUGACCAUUGUGGGGACCCAGGGAGAGAGCCAUAAGCAGCUACUGAACCACUUUGGACGAGACUUUGCAACCGGGGCGGUGGACAAGUACACUGUGCAGUGCCAGCAGGACCUGGGCGAGCUUAUCCUCAUCUCCCUGUACAAGGAGCCCUCCCUCUUCCCCAAGGACUCCUGGUAUUGCAACUACGUGCAGAUCUGCGCCCCCAACGGCCGAGUCUACCACUUCCCCGCCUACCAGUGGAUGGAUGGCUACGAGACCCUGACGCUACGGGAGGCUUCAGGAAAGACAACCGCAGACGAAACGCUGCCCAUCCUCCUUGCGCACAGACAGCAGGAGCUCAGAGCCAAGCAGGAAUACUACUGCUGGAGGGUCUUCGUUCCCGGCCUGCCCAACUACGUGAACAUCCCCAGUUACCGGCCUCGUGUGCGUCGGCACCGCAACCCCAACCGACCGGAGUGGAAUGGCUACAUUCCGGGGUUCCCGAUUCUCAUCAAUUUUAAGGCCACCAAGUUCCUGAACUCAAAUCUCCGCUACUCCUUCAUCAAGACCGCCUCCUUCUUCUACCGCCUGGGGCCCAAGGCCCUGUCAUUCAAAGUCCGCGGCCUGCUGGACUGCAAACACUCGUGGAAAAGACUGAAGGACAUUAAGAAAGUUUUCCCUGCCAGCAAGACUGUCAUCUCCGAGUACGUGACCGAGCACUGGGCAGAGGACAGCUUCUUUGGAUACCAGUACCUCAAUGGCGUCAACCCAGGCCUGAUCCGCCGCUGCACGCGGAUCCCAGACAAGUUCCCGGUCACAGACGAAAUGGUGGCGCCAUUCCUGGGCGAAGGAACUUGCCUGCGAGCGGAGCUGGAGAAGGGAAACAUUUACCUGGCAGACUACCGCAUCUUGGAGGGCAUCGCCACCACCGAGCUCAACGGUCAGAAGCAGUACCAUUGCGCUCCCCUCUGCCUGCUUUACUUUGACCCUGAAGGAAACAUGAUGCCCAUCGCCAUCCAGCUCAGCCAGACCCCUGGACCUGAUUGCCCCAUCUUCCUGCCUAGUGACUGUGAAUGGGACUGGCUGUUGGCUAAGACGUGGGUUCGCUAUGCUGAGUUCUACAGCCACGAGGCCAUCUCCCACCUGCUGGAAACCCACCUCAUAGCCGAAGCCUUUGGCCUGGCCAUGCUGAGACAGCUCCCCAUGUGCCACCCCCUCUACAAGCUCCUGGUCCCCCACACCCGAUUCACCAUCCAGAUCAACAGCAUUGGGCGGGCCAUCCUUCUCAACGAGGGAGGGCUCUCAGCCAGGGCCACAUCCCUGGGCCUGGAGGGCAUUGCUGAGGUGAUGGUUCGGGCCCUGUCAGAGAUCACCUAUGACGGACUCUACCUCCCCAAUGACUUCGUGGAGCGCGGAGUCCAGGACCUGCCCCAAUAUUAUUAUCGCGAUGACAGCUUGGCCGUGUGGGAUGCACUGGAGAGGUAUGUGACAGAGAUCAUCACCUAUUAUUAUCCAAAUGACGCAGCCGUGGAGGGUGACCCGGAACUGCAAUGCUGGGUGCAAGAGAUAUUCAAGGAGUGCCUGCUAGGACGUGAAAGCUCAGGCUUUCCCACAUGCUUGCGAACGGUGCCCGAGCUGAUCCGCUAUGUCACCAUUGUCAUCUACACCUGCUCUGCCAAGCACGCGGCUGUCAACACAGGGCAGCUGGAGUUCACCUCCUGGAUGCCCAACUUCCCAUCAUCCAUGAGGAACCCACCCAUGCAGGUUAAGGGGCUGACCACUGAGGAGAUCUUUUUGGACACCUUGCCAGAUGUGAAGACCACAUCCAUCAUCCUAUUGGUGUUCUGGACACUCAGUCGGGAGCCUGACGAUAAGCGGCCCCUGGGUCACUUCCCCGAAAUCCACUUCGUGGAGGAGGUCCCUCUCAGGAGCAUAGAGACGCUGCGCCAACGCCUGGCCCAGAUCUCGCACGACAUCCGCCAGCGCAACAAGAGCCUUCCCAUUCCCUACUACUACCUGGACCCCGUGAUGAUCGAGAACAGCAUUUCUAUCUAG